AUGGGCCCCAAAAACCUAAUUUCUGAGGACUUCGUCCCUUCGCCACUGACUCUGGACCGGGUCAUGGAAGGUAGGCCGGCUCCUACGCAGGAUAAUCAUUUCCUAAAACUUCCGGUUGAAAUUCGGUCCUUGAUUAUCAGAUAUAUCGACACGGACAAGACUAGUCUGGCUGCUCUUGCGCUCGUUAACUGGGAUUGCCGUCAGUUAGCGCGAUCUUGCCAGUUUCGCGAUGUGGUAAUUGACUACAGCCCUCGAUCCUCCUGUGUUCUUGGUAUCCUUAUAGGCGAAGCUGCUGAGCGACUUAGGUCAGGGAACGGCCUUACACGCCGACCAUCACUGGGGGCAUGUAUUCGUAGCAUAAGGACAAACUCAAACCAGUACUGGAAGGAGAUUCGGAAUAUGCGCCCUGGGGACGACGAUGGUAAUGUUGAUGACAACGAUCGUGAUGACACUGCUAGCACGAAUCAAUGGAAGCAAUCAGUGGGGAACAUGACAACAAGAAUUAAUCACGUCUAUAAUCCCAGUUUUUCUCUUGUUAUUUCCACUCUACCCCACCUAGAAGCCCUAUGCUGGGAGAAUGGAAGUACCAUUGAUUGCCACCUUUUCAAUUGUUUGGCAGUCUCAGCGAUCAAACAUCUCAAGUUGCAUGGUAGCAUUGAGUCCGAAUAUGUCACAGUCCCUCUAGACGGAGAUCCCUGGCAGCUCGAGAGCCUCGACAUCGACAUCACGUGGGAUUUCGGGUUUCAUUAUGGGCGCAACAUAGCCGACUCUUCCUGCCUUUGGAGUAGUCUUUUUUCGGCAUGUUGCUCCUCCUUACGAUACCUAAAGCUCAGCCACCGACAUUUUCUCAACAGUCAAGAUAAGCGAAUGUCUUUUACCGCAAAUUUUCCUAAUCUCCGUUUCCUCCAGAUUGAAACCGGUACAAUGGUCAGUCAACUGACGUUGCAAAGCCUCCUGCGAAGCAAAAGAUUAUCGACUUUGGUUGUCGACUUUGACGAUUCAAUUACGAGGGAAUGUUUAGAUCAGAUGGGAUAUCAUGAGUCCAUUCAAUAUCUUGUCUGGAACAGCUGCACUAUCCGUCAAAUGGUAUCGCUUCAAUUGACGGGCUUCGCCAUUCGUUACAGCCAGUCCACUGCCCUCCUAGACCGCAUACUUCCUGUCUUGGCAUCAUUUCCUAAUUUAAGGUCUUCUCUUAUCGCUCUUUCUUCCCUGACCAAUCUAGAGCAGUUGCACAUCAAUUCAUACCGAAUCAAUAAUGAUUCAACGGUUGAAGACGAUCUUGAUGAACGUAUUCGGUUCAUGCGAAAUUCUCUAGGUGAGAAUCUAAGCGAGAAUUCUCUGCCAAAUGACCUACACUCCAGGUGGGAAACACUACACUCUCGGCGCAUGAUUAGGUACGCAGAGAAGUAUGCCGCUGCCUUCAAGGACCUAGAAUGGAUCCAUCUCGGCCAGUUAUCCUUUACUUUCCAGAACAACGCAGAGACGAAGAAAGUGGCUGUCCCGGUUAACCUUGAGAGAAUAGAUGACUUCCCGGUACUGGACAGUAUGUUUGGAGUCUUGUAG